UGGAGCGCCCUGCGGGGAAGGGGAGAACUGAAGGGCUGCUACACCAGGCCUCGGCUUCCCAGAGACGGCCAGCUGUGCGACCCAAGGGGUGAUUCAGGGGCUGCGCUUCCCCGGCGUGGGCUCGCCUCCCCCACCUCCUCCUCUGCUUCACUGUUGCAGGCCUGGCAGUUGCCGGCUCACCCACGCACCGAGGCCUGGGCGAAUCCGAGGCGAGACACGCACGGGGUGGUGCGUGCAACCCGGCGCCUAAGGAGGCCUGCCAGGUGCAGACGCUUCUGCUCCCGCCGGCGCACUUCCCUCUAGAGAUGCCGAGAAAACGGGAGUUAGUAGCGCCCCCACUCAACGCCGCCUCGGAGACUCGAGCUCCUUCACUGUCAGCCUCGAACAAUACAAAGUGUACUAGGACAAGACAAGAUGGCGCCUAGCAGGAGGAGCGGAGAAAGGCAGGGGUGUAAAUCUGGCUUCCAAACUGGAAGCGACAACAAAGACGUGGGACGUUUAACUGCGCAGGCGUGCAGCUUCCGCAAGCUUUAGAAUUCCACCGGGGGGCGCGUCCAAAACGUGGUCCCUGACUGAGACUUAUUUUACGCCACUAGAGCGGUGAUGGGUAGCGUCAGAAAAAGCAGGGAGCAGCCGGCUGGCCAGCUUCGCCGCGGGAAAAGAACGAGGCGGAGUGUCCGCGGCGCGCACGCGCAACGAAAGUCAAUGGCGGUCUGGAGAGACUGGCGGAAGCCAGCUUUGCAAUAUGGCGGCUGAGGCAGACGGAGCGCUUAAACGGCUGCUCGUGCCGAUUCUUUUACCUGAGAAAUGCUACGACCAACUUUUCGUUCAGUGGGACUUGCUUCACGUUCCCUGCCUCAAGAUUCUCCUCAGCAAAGGCCUGGGGCUGGGCAUUGUGGCUGGGUCACUUCUAGUAAAGCUGCCGCAGGUGUUUAAAAUCCUGGGAGCCAAGAGUGCCGAAGGGUUGAGCCUGCAGUCUGUAAUGCUUGAAUUAGUGGCAUUGACUGGGACCAUGGUUUACAGCAUCACUAACAACUUCCCAUUCAGCUCUUGGGGUGAAGCCUUAUUCCUGAUGCUCCAGACGAUCACCAUCUGCUUCCUGGUCAUGCACUACAGAGGACAGACUGUGAAAGGUGCUGAGGACUUACCCAAGAGCAGGCUGCAUGGUUCCUGGGUACUCUCGGACCUGGGAAAGCCAGAUGAUGUUGAGAUUGACAAGGACUCCUGUCCCCCCACUCCUAGGUGUCGCUUUCCUGGCUUGCUACGGCCUGGUCUUGCUGGUGCUUCUCUCACCUCUGACGCCCUUGACUGUAGUCACCCUGCUCCAGGCCUCCAAUGUGCCUGCCGUGGUGGUGGGAAGGGUGGGUACGAGGAGCAAGGGACAAGAUGUUGUUGGGUGGACAGAGGGGGAAGGUCAAGGGGCAGACUGGAAGGUCAAAGUGUGGGGUGUUGGACUUGGGGGAGUGGGGAAAUUAACGAUGGUAGUAUGGGAAGGGCUCAGAUGACAGAGCCAAAGGUCUCCACUCCUCCCCUAGCUUCUCCAGGCAGCCACCAACUACCACAAUGGGCACACAGGCCAGCUCUCAGCCAUCACUGUCUUCCUAUUGUUUGGGGGCUCCCUGGCCCGAAUCUUCACUUCCAUUCAGGAAACUGGAGACCCCCUGAUGGCUGGAACUUUUGUGGUCUCCUCCCUCUGCAAUGGCCUCAUCGCUGCCCAGCUUCUCUUCUACUGGAAUGCAAAGCCUCCCCACAAGCAGAAAAAGGCACAGUAGAGCCAGCUGCUAGUCAUUCCGUUUCCACUCAUUUACCCAACCUCAGGGUUCUCCCCAUCUGAGCCAGGCUGCUGGUGUGACUUACUCAUCCGCCAUUCCUCUGCAGUAGCAGACUUCCUGAGCCAGGGUUUGCUUUUAGCGGAAACAAACGGUUGAUGGAUCUAGAUCCUUAGAAAAGGAGAGAAUGGGGGUAGCAUCUUCCAAGCCAAAAUUUUGACAUUUGAGUGCUUUUCUAAGCCCUGUACAUGUACUAUUAAUCAUUCAGCCAAGCCUCUUUCUCUAGCAGCAAUUUCCGGCUGUUUAACCCUCUCCCUGGGCAAAUGUUUUACCCUGGCCUCUAACCUUCCUACUUCCCUUCUGGCCCUACAAGAGAGUCUGAACAUCAGAGUGGAGGGAACUAGGGGGCUGUGGCUGCUUUCCUGCCUCCCUCAGCCGGGCUGGGACUGCCUCCGAGACCCCAGUGCUGGGGGUGGGGGAAGGUGGACAGAGAAUGACUCAGGCAGGGCCCCAGGGUGGGGUGAGGAGGUUCCUGCUCUGGCAGGUCUAGGCGGAAGGGAGUGGAGAUGGGGCUGGUUCCUGCUGCAGUGAGGGGAACAGAUGGGACAAUAAAGACUGGAGACGCAGUUGAAUAAUA